AAAAAUUCCUUGGUGUUUUUUUUUUUUUUUUGGGGGGGGGUUGUUUUAUGUUAUUGUUUUCUUUUUUGGUGCUUCUUGUUUUGGGGGUUUAUUUCUUUUGUUUAUGGUUUUUAAUAUGUUUGCAUUUGGUUUGCGGUAAAAAUCAAAUCUGAAUGGAACAAUUGUUGUUUAAAUAAAUUAUCUCUUGUGUUCGCCUCUUUUGGUAGAAAUAUUGAUCUUAUCUUUUCCCUGGCUCUAAAUAUACGAAUUGUGAUUAAAAUCCUCUGGAAGAGUUACAGUGUCUCUUACGAAGCCCGAGGCAGAGAAAGCAGUAGAAACAAGAGGGUGAUGAUUGGCAGACAGAGAUUUAUACUUAGCGAAAAUUGUGGGGCGAGGAGCAAGAUAAGAGUUAGGAGUCGGGUGAUGUUAGUAGUAGGAGGCAGUGUCUUCGGAGCAUCUUCAAGCCAGAAAGCAGAAGAAUAAGAAGACAGCAAGAAAGAGAAGGCUAGGAAGAGAGCUUGUUCUUCCCCACCCUCCCCUUUCUUUGCUCCCCUCACAGGGGAGUCGGGAUGGUGCGGUCCAGCCAGCUGUGGAGCUGCUGAGUGAUGCUGAGAGCCCGUGGGUGCCCGGGGCGGCGACAGCAGAGGGGGGAGCAAACAGCUGGCGGAAGAGCAGGCAGAAGCGCUCUCCCUCUUGGCAGCGGCGGUGGCGGCAGCAGCGGCGGCGGCGGCGGUGGUAGUGGCGAUUAAUUGGAGACGUGGAGUAGGUGAAGAAGGGAAGAAGGGGAGGAAGGCUUUCCCUCCACUCUAUCUCCCCCAUUCUUUCACUGCCUUGGUCAAAGCUGGGGUACAGAAACCCAGACGCUUGGCUGUCGCCACCGCCUCCUCUUUCAGCUGCUGCUGGCUGAACUGCUGGGGCUACUGGACUAAGGAGUAGCAACAGCACUGGUGGCAGCGGCAGCAGCGCCCUGCGGGAAGGGAGAGAUCAGUGGAGCCACUGGCUGCAUUGACUACACACACUCAGCAGGAGCAGGACAGCAGCAGCGUGUUGGCUGCUGUUCCUUUGCUGCCUGGAUGCUAGAGCUUCCCAAUCAGCCUGCCACGGGCACCCUAAAGGAGGGGGAAGAGGAAGAAGAAGGAUCUGGACAUUGGGAAUAGGAAGAGGAAGAAGAAAAGCGACAAAGCGCUGACCAUGGCCUCCAACUUUAAUGAUAUCGUCAAGCAGGGCUAUGUGAAAAUCCGCAGCAGGAAGCUUGGGAUUUUCAGACGCUGCUGGUUAGUUUUUAAGAAAGCAUCCAGCAAAGGACCCAGAAGGCUUGAAAAAUUUCCAGAUGAAAAGGCAGCUUAUUUCAGAAACUUUCAUAAGGUAACUGAACUGCACAACAUCAAAAACAUAACCAGACUGCCUCGAGAGACCAAGAAGCAUGCAGUGGCAAUUAUCUUUCAUGAUGAGACGUCAAAGACAUUUGCCUGUGAGUCAGAACUGGAGGCUGAGGAAUGGUGCAAACACCUUUGCAUGGAGUGUCUAGGAACCAGACUGAAUGACAUAAGCCUUGGAGAACCUGAUCUACUGGCUGCAGGAGUGCAGAGGGAGCAAAAUGAACGAUUCAAUGUGUAUCUUAUGCCUACACCAAAUCUAGACAUUUAUGGGGAAUGCACAAUGCAGAUUACACAUGAAAACAUCUAUCUCUGGGACAUUCACAAUGCCAAGGUCAAGCUGGUGAUGUGGCCCCUUAGUUCACUGAGGAGAUAUGGUCGUGAUUCAACUUGGUUCACAUUUGAGUCAGGAAGGAUGUGUGAUACAGGAGAAGGACUAUUCACUUUUCAAACAAGAGAAGGGGAAAUGAUCUAUCAAAAGGUACACUCUGCAACCUUGGCAAUAGCAGAACAACAUGAAAGACUAAUGCUAGAGAUGGAACAAAAGGCCCGGCUUCAAACCAGUCUGACUGAACCAAUGACGUUAUCCAAAUCCAUCUCCCUCCCUCGAAGUGCAUAUUGGCACCAUAUUACCCGGCAGAACAGUGUUGGAGAAAUCUACAGUUUACAAGGUCACCGUUUUGGUUCAACAAAGAUGUCGAGGGCACAAACGUUCCCUAGCUACACAUCAGAGCAGAACGAAGAGCACCAGCAGCCCCUGUCGCUGUCUAGCAGCUAUGGAUUUAGCUACAGCUCCAGCCUCAUCCAAUGACACACAGAGAACUACUGUUGACCAGAGAGACAGUCUAGUCUGAAACCUGCCCAUAGGGUCAGGGAACCACUUGUACCCUCUGCAUCCAUGGAAGACCAAUUGCAGUGAAAACUGAGCUGUGUCAGUUCUAGUCCUGGUCACAGUUGAAGGUUAAAAACUGGAGCUCUGCUUCCUAGAGUCAGAGGCUAAGUCUUUUAUUUAUUGAAUUUCUUCGGGGAUCUAUAUUUAAAGAAAUUGAUUUUGAAUUGUAAGAAAAGUCAUUUAAAUAAAAAAAAAACCCUUUUGGUCUGAAGGCAGUAAAAGCCACCACAUGGUUGGAUAGUGUCUGGACUGGGUUGUGACCUCUCAGUUACACUUAGUUUCAGGCAUUUUUCCACCUGUUUUCUUGGCUGAGAUUUCUGACCUACAAUCCCAAUGACAGAACCAUAGUUAAAAGUGGUGAAUCACUGGAGUCAUUUCUGUGUUAGAGGUUUUGAUAGGAAUAUAAUCAGUGACCACCACAAACAAUAUCAAAAUUGUCCAUAUUAAUACAUCUCAUGGCUAUUAAGAGAACAAGAAAUUUAAAACAUCAUGUUAACCAGGGCCCUAUAACUCUAUUCUGUGUGUAUAUGCGUGUGAGUGUGUGUAUGUAGAAAUAUAGAGGCGGAUAUAAAGCUAUCCAUCUAUAUAUAACAAAUAUAUAUAAAAUGUGUGCUGAGGGUGACAGGAUAUGCUCACUUAAAUUGUUGAAAAUGUAAUUUGGUGCAUUCAAAUUAAGAUUGUUAUGUCAAUAUCUAUUUUUAAAUUAGUGCUGUAAAAAGGCUUCUCAUUAGCAAAAGUAUUUAUGUAAUCAAGUUUGAACUUAUGACGAAUGUAAAUGCAAAAGUGAGAAAAGGGAAUAUGUUUGAACAAAAUGAAAUAAUCCAGCUGUCCCACAAUCUACAUUAUCACACACUUUCUGGUUAGUGUUACCCUGGUUUCUCAUCCCUGCCCUUCUUGGCUCUCUAAAGUAUAUAAGAAUAUUUAACUUCUUGAUAAUCUACCUGUUUAAUCUUCAGUGACAACGCAAUUCAAAAUGAAUUUUUAAGGAAAAAUUCAUCUAAAAAUACAUUAGCAAAACCAUUUUAGAAUCAAUAAAAGAACAAAAUGAAAAUGAUUUUUGUCAAUAUCAAGAUAUUUAAAUUUUCAUAAAGACCAUGUGCAUAAAUAAAGAGAAUAUAUUACUUGAGUUCUACUUAUAUGAUCAGAUUUUAAGUUAUGUUUUAGGCCCUAGAACUUAUUAUGAAUAAAGAGGAGAUUGUAUUAAGGACCAACUUUUCCCCCAAUAUCUUGUCUGAUUAAUAUAGUCCAGUGAGAAGAAGGAACUAACCAUUAUGUUGGAGUAGAUUGAUAAUUUAAGUUUAAAAAAUACAUUUCCAUCAAUUUUAUGGUGCUUUCAAGCUAAAAUGGAAAGUUACCUGAAUUAACUGGAUAAUUAUGACUGUGAUAUAUAACAAAGAUAUAAAAAGAACUACAACAGGUAUUUUUAAUCCAUGUAACAUUGGAAUGUAAAUUUAAAUUAAUAAUUAAGGAUCAUUUUGAUUAGAAAGUAGUUUGCUAGUUGAUGGUAAAGUCUUUUACUUCUAUCCUAAAUAUCCUUUUUCAUUAACCUGAUUGCUGGCAAACAAGACACCUUCAGUGAACAAAUACCACAUGAAAAGGGCCUGAGUUUGUCUAAAUGGGCACCACCCUUUACAAUAAACUGUUGAUCAUCUGUCUCUCAUAAAAGUAUGAAAGUCUAGUAUGGCAGUCCUACUUCCACUGAAGAAACUAAUUAUUCUCAGCCUUGAUGGGAAGAUGGGGAGCAGCGGGAAAUUCCUUCUCCCUAACCCUGCUGUAGACUUUGCUAAAACAGCAGAGAGGAAAUGACUGGUACCAAAAGAAAGAACCUAUCCUGAAAUCCCGCUUUUCAGGGUUGAAAUUGCUUUGCAUUACUUUGGCUUAUGGCAUUUGCCAAGCCUAUGCUAUAGCAGAACAACUUCCAGCUGAGACCAUUUUCGCACAGCUCCUGGUGGAGCCUCAUCCAGAGGGACAGAGAGUGUCUCUCCAUUGGCUCGCUCAGUUGAGCUGUUGCCUAGAGACCACAAGGUUCCACAUGGGACUAAUGGGGGAAGGUCCUCAGGGGGUCUAAUUCAUGUCUCAGCUUUAUAAAUACGCAGGGUGCACAGACAGUAGCUGGGAGGGUUCAGCUAAUCAGCUGUCUGCUCUUAGGUUGGAUUAUGGGGACCUAUAAUACCUGCAGUGAAGUUGUUUAGGAAACAAUAUUUGGAUCUGAUCCUUAGUUAUCAGUGAAUAAAUUAAUAAGAUCAGGUCUAAUUGGACCAGUUCAUUCUGAAAAGAAGUAAAGGAGAGAGACAGAGAGGCAGAUAGAUUGAUUUCCUUACUCAGUUUUUAACUGAAACUUAUCAAAAUAAGAAGUAAUGUUAUCAAAUCUCUUCUGUUCUGUUUUUGCACACUUAUUUUGGCAUACCUUUGCGUAUACACACUUGGUGCAACUGUAGCUGAAAUAAAACUGCAAAGUGAACAGAUAGGAGAAUUUAUUUUAACAUAAUAUUCUAUUCACUAAGUAAUGUGUGUUGUAAUAAAAAUGACAAGCAGAUAAGUUUCUUAAUCACAUAGGACUUCAUAAAAUGAAUUCAACUUGGGUCAGCUAAAAUAAACCAGUCGAGGUUUUGCUGAAGAUGUCCCUGCCAUUUACAGACCAUUUUCCCUCCCUUUGAAGACUGAAUUAUUCCCCCAAUUUGCAUAUAAAAUUGUCAAAGGUAGGAAGGGUGAGAAUGGACCAAAGAUACCUUCAGGUUCUUUAUUCAAAUGGAUGGAGGAAAUAUUGUGAAUGGGUAUCGGUAAAUUAAAAUAGCCAUAGUUUCACUUCAAAGUUAAUGAAAAGAAGGGAAGGCUGAAUGAAUCUAUUACAGAAAAUGUCAGAUUUUCUGAGACUCAAAUACAUGUGGUUUUUCAAAGAUUUUUUUUUCUUUUCAGAUUUUUUUUCUCCUGCUAAUGCUAUAAUAUGUAUAGAAUUAAUAGCAUGUGUAGAUGCUAUAUUUAAAAUAAAGGAAAUACAAAAUAGCAUUGAUCAAAUACCCAUUAUCUUGAUGGGAUAAAAAAAGAAAGUACAAUUUUAUCAUUUAUUAUUUAUUUAGACACUCAGAAAAAAAUUUGUAGUGCAAGUUUCAGUUAUUUUUGAUUCAGUUUUGGCCACAGACACAAUUUCUUUUUACUGUAUUAAAAUCUAUAACUACUUAUAUAGUAAGAUGUUGGUAGAGUAUGUGUAGAAUAAAGUGGCAUUUAGUAAACUGAGCAUCAACUCUUCAGUGGAAACUAGAUGAUCUUUGCAACAUGCCAUUCAAAUGAUUUUUUUUUAAUUUCAUUGUAUCAUUUUUAAUUGUAAAGGUCUACACUUGGUAUCCCAUAUAGAAAAAGAGUAGCCUGAUGAAGAAAUAAAUUUGUUGCUUUCUUUCUAAGCCAGUUUACUGUGCAUAGUAUCUUUAUGGUAUAUAUUAAAGAUAUUUUCAAAUAA